AGCCGGCAGAUUUGGUGUUGAUUCGAUGUUUAGGGUCCCGCCGUGAGGCGGCUGUGCCGCGGGCGGGCGGGCGGGGUGCUGUGCCGGUGCUGUCCCGGGGCAGCCGUGCGGGACGUCUCUCCCGGGGCCGGGCCGGGCGGGCAGCGGCGUUAGGAGCGGCUCCGGCCGCCCCCUGCCAAGCCCCGGGAGAGCUGUUGCACCCCCGCAGAGAGGUCGUGCUGGAGCCUUUCGCGUGUCUCGGCUGCCGUGCGCAGCGGUUGCUGCAGGUGCUCGUGGAAGGUGGGGCAGGCGGAGGUGACUUCGGCGUUGCUUCACCUGCCAAGUGGACGCGUUGCAAAGGCUGAGCAGGGUGUUUCUUCCAGGUAGAGAUGGAUAUAAUUUAACACGCCUGGAAAGCGGUGUGUUUCAGAAGCCCGUGCCCACUAGAAAGCGACGGCUCUAAUACGAUAACUGGCCGUGGUUUGUUGUUGUUUUGGUUCUUUUUACACAUUGCCAUCAUGAUUCAAGGCGUGCUGGCAGAGAUGAAGCCUGGGAAAUCAUCACAUCCAAAGGAUUUACUUGGAGUAAAAGAUCACUGACUUCUACAAUGGAAAAGUCAUGGAUGCUUUGGACCUUUGUUAAAAGAUGGCUACUAGCUUUGGCUUCCUGGUCUUGGAGUCUCUGCCGUAUUUGUCUUUUACCCUUGAUAGUAACUUUUCACUUGUACGGAGGCGUUAUACUACUUAUAUUAAUAUUUGUAUCAAUAGCAGGUAUAUUAUAUAAAUUCCAGGAUGUGCUGCUUUACUUUCCUGAACAGCCCUCUUCAUCACGCCUUUAUGUUCCUAUGCCUACUGGUAUACCGCAUGAAAAUAUCUUCAUCAAAACCAAAGAUGGAGUUCUUCUCAAUCUUAUUCUGCUGAGAUACACAGGGGACAAUGCAGCGUAUUCGCCAACCAUCAUUUACUUUCACGGGAACGCAGGCAACAUCGGCCACAGGUUGCCAAAUGCUUUGUUAAUGCUGGUAAACCUGAAAGUGAACUUAAUUCUUGUCGAUUAUAGAGGGUAUGGAAAAAGUGAAGGAGAAGCAAGUGAAGAAGGUUUGUACUUAGAUUCUGAGGCUGUGUUAGACUAUGUGAUGACUCGGUCUGACCUUGAUAAAACAAAAAUUUUUCUUUUUGGCCGUUCCUUGGGGGGAGCAGUAGCUAUUCACUUAGCUUCUGAAAAUUCCCAUAGGAUUUCUGCCAUCGUGGUGGAGAACACCUUCCUUAGCAUCCCAUACAUGGCCAGCACUUUGUUUUCUUUCUUUCCAAUGAGAUAUCUUCCUUUAUGGUGCUACAAAAAUAAAUUUCUGUCCUACAGAAAAAUCUCUCAGUGCAGAAUGCCUUCUCUCUUCAUCUCUGGGUUGUCUGACCAGUUAAUUCCACCAGUUAUGAUGAAGCAACUUUACGAAUUAUCCCCAGCUCGGACUAAGAGAUUGGCGAUAUUUCCCGAUGGAACUCAUAAUGACACUUGGCAGUGCCAGGGUUAUUUCACUGCACUUGAACAGUUCAUCAAAGAAGUAAUAAAGAGUCACUCCCCUGAAGAAAUGGCGAAAACAUCAUCUAACGUAACAAUAAUAUAAUUGAUAUUCUUCUUUGGGGUGGGGGGUGGUACCUGCACUGUACCUUGAUUUUGUGAAAAGUGGUAAAAAGAAUGUCCAUUUUUAAAUGUAUGUCAUGUCUGUACUUGCCUAAAGAUUGAAAUUAAACCUGGAGAGGUCUAAUGCUUUAUUAAUAUGUUACAGAUAACUUUUACAUUUACAGCAUUGUAAAUGAACCAUUUUAUGUCUUUCUCAUACUUUUUUGGUAUCUCUGUCCAUAUAUUGCAUUUGUUUAAUAUGUACAACGGAUGCUAUUAAAGGAACUUGCUACAAAAGUA